AUGGGUUGGCUUCAGCUGUUUUUUCUCCAUCCUGUCUCACUUUACCAAGGGGCUGCCUUUCCUUUUGCACUUCUGUUUAAUUACCUAUGCAACAUGGAUUCAUUUUCCACUCAUGCCAGGCACCUCUUUCUCCUGACUGGAGGAGGCAUCUUGGCCUUGGCUGCUAUGGGUUCCUUUGCUGUGCUUGUCUUCGUCCCUGCUCUGUGCGCUGUGGUUCUGAUCUGCUCCCUCGGCCCACAGGAAGUCCACAGGUGCACUUUCUUCUUUCAGAUGAGCUGGCAGACGCUGUGCCACCUGGGUCUGCACUAUACUGAGUAUUACCUGCAGGAACCCCCUUCUGCCAGGUUCUGCAUCACCCUGUCUUCCCUCAUGCUCUUGACCCAGAGGGUCACAUCCCUCUCUCUGGACAUUCGUGAGGGGAAAGUGGAGGCAGCAUCAGGAGGCGUCGGGAGCAGGAGCUCUUUGUCUGAGCAUCUGUGUAGGGCGCUGCCCUAUUUCAGCUACCUGCUCUUCUUUCCUGCUCUCCUAGGAGGUCCUCUGUGUUCCUUCCAGAGAUUUCAGGCUCGUGUUCAAGGGUCCAGCUCUUUGUGUCCCAGGCACUCUUUCUGGGCUCUCACCUGGAGGGGCCUGCAGAUUCUGGGACUAGAGUGCCUAACGGUGGUCAUGAGCAGGGUGGUGAGCACAGGAGCAGGACUAGCCAACUGCCAUCAGCUCCAGUGCAUCUACGUCAUGUGGUCCACAGCUGGGCUCUUCAAACUCACUUACUACUCCCACUGGCUCCUGGACGACUCCCUCCUCUGUGCAGCGGGCUUUGCAUCUGAGUUUGGUGAUAGCCCUGGAGAGGAGGGAUACAUCCCUGAUGCGGACAUUUGGACACUGGAAACAACCCACAGGAUAUCCUUGUUUGCGAGAACGUGGAACCAAAGCACAGCCCGGUGGCUCAGACGCCUCAUAUUCCAGCAAGGCAGGGCCUGGCCGCUGUUGCAGACAUUUGCCUUCUCUGCCUGGUGGCAUGGCCUCCAUCCAGGACAGGUGUUUGGCUUCCUUUGCUGGGCUCUGAUGGUGGAAGCUGACUACGUGAUUCACACCUUUGCCAAUUUGUUUAUUAGAUCCUGGCCGAUGCGUCUGCUCUACAGAGCGCUCACCUGGGCUCACACUCAACUCAUCAUUGCCUAUAUAAUGCUGGCUGUAGAGGUCAGGAGUCUCUCCUCUCUCUGGUUGCUGUGUAAUUCUUACAACAGUGUCUUUCCCUUGGUGUACUGUAUUCUGCUUUUUCUACUAGCAAAGAGAAAGCAUAAAGUAAACUGA